AUGUCUAUCGCUCAUGGCUUUCGAACAAUUGGCGUCCUUGGUGCUGGCCAAAUGGGCUUAGGGAUUGCCUAUGUAGCGAGUCUCCGCGCGAAAGUUCCUGUGUACCUCGUCGACAAGUCCCCCGUACAGAUACAAAAGUCUCUAUCUCUCAUGGAUAAGCUGCUUGCAAAGGAUGUCUCGAAGGGAAAGCUAUCUGAACAGGAGGCCAAGGAUGCACGUCAACGAAUUACAGUCGUUCCUGAAGAGCAGGGUAUAGAAGGUUUAAAGGACGUCGAUCUGGUUGUCGAGGUCAGUAACCUCAAUUGUGCGGGCUACGAACUCACGGAGGGAGGCCAGGCAGCGACCGAGAACGUGAAUAUCAAGAUUCACUAUUCGAGUCGUUGGCAGCAGCAGUACGACCAGAUACCAUUCUCGCAACGAACACGAGCUCUAUUAGUAUUACUAAGAUGGCCGCUGCGGCGAUCCCAAGGGGAGACCGCUGCGUCCCCCAAAGGAAAGGCCAGCGCUGCGCGUGUAGUCGGUCUUCAUUUCUUUAACCCCGUCCCGGUAAUGAAACUCGUCGAGCUGAUCCCGGCACUCCAAACCUCGCAAGAGACUCUGGAUCGUGCGAGGGCCUUUGCAGUUGCUUGCGGGAAAGAGGUGACGGUGUCCAAAGAUGUUCCAGGUUUUAUCUCAAACGCUCUACUCAUGCCGUUCAUCAAUGAGGCAAUCAUGUGCCUGGAAAAGGAAUAG